UCUCGGGAAGGGGGUGGGCAAUCGUGUGCGUGCGGCCGAUGGAGCUAUGCCCGGGUCUUAGCGCCGGACCUUGCGACCUGAGAGAAAAACCUGAGGAGAGGCCGGAAGCACUCGGAAGUCAGGUGCUCUCCCGGCCGCGAGAGUGAUUGGCUUGGAAGGACGUGAAUGAUGCCGCUGUGAUUGCUGAAUCGUUUGUGCAGGAUUUGGAAUCUCUGGUAAGCUCCUGUGACCCGUGUGUCCCUUUGGAGAGAAGGAAGAGGGAGAGAUCUGCUUUCUCUGGAAUCCAGUGGUCACAUCCCCACCCGGAACCCUGAAUGCCCACCUGAGGUGUUGUCAACAUGGAGUUCUGAAGUCCAUGUGGUUCCUCACAGUGAACCAGGUGACGUGUCUGCAUGGGAAUUCACAUCUUCAUUACCAAAUGUCUUAAGGAAAAUGCAGAGACGGCACAGCAGCAACACAGAAAACGUUCCACCUGAAAGAAAUCGCAGUCAAGCGCUUAGCUCCGAGGCGAGUGUGGACGAAGGCGGCGUCUUUGAGAGUCUGAAGGCGGAAGCGGCCUCCCCACCAGCGCUCUUCUCGGGCUUAUCCGGCCUCCCGGCGGGCGGCCUCCCCACCACCGCAUUCCCGUCCAGCCUGGUCCUGGGGGCCGCGGCCGGCGGUGGGGACGUGUUCCUCCAGAUGCCGGCGUCCAGGGAGGAAGGCGGGGGCCGCGGCGAGGGAGGCGCCUACCACCACCAUCGGCAGCCCCACCACCACUUCCACCAUGGCAGCCACCGCGGGGGCUCCCUGCUGCAGCACGUGGGCGGGGACCACCGUUCACACUCGGACGAGGCGGGCGAUGAGCAGCCCGGGACACCCGCCCCAGCCUUGUCCGAGCUGAAGGCCGUGAUCUGCUGGCUCCAGAAAGGGCUGCCCUUCAUCCUCAUCCUCCUGGCCAAAUUAUGCUUCCAGCAUAAGCUCGGCAUUGCCGUGUGCAUCGGAAUGGCCAGCACCUUCGCCUAUGCCAACUCCACGCUCCGGGAACAGGUCUCUCUAAAGGAGAAGAGGUCGGUGCUGGUCAUCCUGUGGAUCUUGGCCUUUCUAGCGGGGAACACCCUCUAUGUGCUCUACACAUUCAGUUCCCAGCAACUGUAUAACAGCCUCAUAUUCCUGAAGCCCAACCUGGAGACGCUAGACUUCUUCGACCUGCUGUGGAUCGUGGGCAUCGCAGACUUUGUGCUCAAGUACAUCACCAUCGCUCUCAAGUGCCUCGUCGUGGCCCUGCCUAAGAUCAUCCUGGCCGUCAAGUCCAAGGGAAAGUUCUAUCUGGUUAUCGAGGAGCUGAGCCAGCUGUUCCGAUCCCUCGUCCCCAUCCAGCUGUGGUAUAAAUACAUCAUGGGUGAUGAUUCCUCCAACAGCUACUUCCUGGGAGGGGUCCUGAUCGUCCUCUACAGCCUGUGCAAGUCCUUCGAUAUCUGUGGCCGCGUGGGCGGAGUCAGGAAGGCCCUGAAGCUUCUCUGCACCUCUCAGAAUUACGGAGUCCGGGCCACGGGGCAACAGUGCACAGAAGCUGGUGACAUCUGUGCCAUCUGCCAGGCUGAGUUCCGAGAGCCUCUGGUCCUCAUGUGCCAGCACGUGUUCUGUGAGGAGUGCCUCUGCCUCUGGCUGGACCGUGAGCGCACCUGCCCACUCUGCCGCUCGGUUGCCGUGGAUACCCUGCGCUGCUGGAAGGACGGGGCCACUUCGGCACACUUCCAGGUGUACUAGGGCUGAAGACUGUGGCCCUGGGGCUCACAGGCACACCAGGGAGAUGAUGGAGGGUCAACGGUGUCAGGACCACCUCUGAGAGCUUCUUUGAAAACAGCCCUCGGGCCCCGACUGCCCUCCCUCCUGCCUCUCUCCAUCCAGCCACCCGUCCCCCACCCCACCCCCGCCCUCACCUUCCUCUCUUGUGCUAUUCACAGCCUGCGCAUCCUUUGCCUCCACUUGGAGACGCCUUCUCACUCACACUUGGUCUCCACCGAGGUCAGUCUCCCUCCUCCCUCCGAGUCAAAGAACUGAUAAUGGACCAGGUUCUACCUGUUGGUGAUCAUAACCCGUGGUGACCUGACACCUGAUGCUGCAAACUGGAAAGAGGCCUUUCAAUGCUGCCUCCCCGCCAGGGCCCCAGGUCUGCAGAUGAGAAUCACUGUGAAGUACUUUUCAAAUGCAAAUGCUGGGCCCCACCUUAAGCCUACAGGAACUUCGUGUAUCAGAACCCUCAGAGUGAGCCAGGCAAGGGCCUUGAACUUUCGGCCCAGAUGACCUCCUAUAACGCUCACCCCACCCCAAGGUGGAGGUACUGUUGUCUCCUCUGUUUCACAGAUGAAGAAACUGAGCUCAGAGCUCCAUGUGGAAACAUUCCCAGGUCACCCGGCGAGCAGUGAUGGACCAAGCUUCCGACCCUGGCCUGUCUGGCUUUGGAGCCUGCCUCUUUCCCACACACUGAUGUGCUGCUCAGACACUGCGGGCAUGAGGCCCCUCAGUCAUUUUUUUUUUUUUUUUUUCAACGCACAGGAAGUGAUUCUGACGUCAUCGAUGACUCAAGUAUGUAGUGUGUUUCAUUUGGACUGGGUUGAGGAUGCUAAUAGUGAAUGCCAGCUCUGAAAAUCUAGUCGUGAUUGGGUUCACAGAAAAUUUUGGUCCUUAAAGCUGCUGUUUAGCUGGAUUCCUGCCAGGAUGCUCAGUUGUGAUUGGGUAUCUUCCCAGUGGCGCAGUGGUAAAUAAUCCAUCUGCCAGUGUAGGAGACAUGGGUUCGAUCCCUGGGUUGGGAAGAUCCCCUGGAGGAGGAAAUGGCAACCCCCUCCAGUAUUCUUGCCUGGGAAAUCCCAUGGACGGAGGAGCCUGAAGGGCUACAGUCCACGGGGUCACAGAGUCAGACGCAACUGAUCGAGCACAGCACAUGGCACGUCAAGAAAGGCUGGUUCCAGAGACCUCCCCGGAGGCAGUGGCUAAGACUCUGUGUCUCCAGUGCGGGGGCCUGGGUUUGAUCCCUGCUCAGGGCACUGAGAUCCCACGUGCCAUGGGACGUGACCUGAAAGUGAAAAAAUAGAAAGGCUGCCUCUGGUCCAGAUGCGGGUGUUCCUGGGUGUCCCCUCCCGUAUUUAUUUCUCUUCUCCUUUUGUCCUGUCCCUCAUUUAAGUCUCAGGCUUAUCAACAGCUCCUCUGGCCAUUGCCUUCUCCUCUGGUAGCCUUCAGAGCAAAAGGCAAGAUCCUUGUUAUGGAUUUUUUUCUACAAGCCAGUAUGCUGGCAGAGAGCACAGCAGCAAUCCAUGUUUCCUGGAAUGUCUCUACCAGAGCUCCUAAUCUCUGUAACACAAGCUCUCCACCCAUGAGACCCUCUCUGCUUUGAUAUCUGGGGGGAGAAGGCACAAGUGGCCCCUUGGAAGCCACUGGAAUCUUGCCUGGUCUACCCACCCUCCCAGCGCUAGUCUCUCACCGUCAACCUCAGCACUACAGGUCAGUGCCAACAGCAUUAGAGAGAGAGCAGUCUGGGUGUCUACUGAGCAGAUUAGCAAGAAAGCCCCGAGAGAAAUGGUGGGAGCCUUGCUGCCACCUCACCCUCAGCCAGGAUUCUCAUGCCCAUCCCAUCCCCAAGAGAUUCAGGGCAUUCACCCCUUUUGUGCUAUCAAGUCAGGACCUUUCCUUUGCCUGACAUCCCUGGCUCUUUCCUGGUACCCAGCAAGACAUCCCUUCCAGGGCAGCGUGGUAUCUUUCAAGCUCUGUUACUAUGGCAAUGGCCGUGAUGUUAACAAUCCCACUUGCCUGGAUAAUCAAGUCGGAAGGGGAAGUGGGGCCAGGGGGAUUUGGCUGCUCUGCCCCCUCCCCCCUCUCCCCCGCCCCCCACCCCGCCACCUUGGGGAAGAACUGAAGGGACACACCAGGAGCUUCUACAGCUGAUUUUUAUCAGAAGGAUCAUCCUGCCUGCAGAUGCCAUCAAAGAAGCAUGAGAAAAUGCCACUGAAGAAGACUUAUUAAUGUGCCAGCGUGUGAUGGAGCAGACAGAGCAGUCUGCUGGGAGUCAGGCCUGGAAUUCUGAUUUCAGACUCCGCAUGGCUUUGGGAAGUCACUUUACCUCCCCGUAGCCAUCUCCAGGGUGACAAAGCCUAGUGCAUUAUCUACGGGAACCAGGGAAACCAGCAAUGUAGAUUACUGAUGAAUACCCCAACCAUUUUGUCAAUUACACUCAUGCCACCAAAAAAAAAAUAUUGAACAUUCUGCAAAUAAUGAGCCUUGUCUCAGACACUAUAAAGACUGUCACAUGCGGGAGACAUUUGGGGGGGGCAGGUGGGAUGAUUUAGUUUAGAUUUUAUUUAUGUAUCCCACCCUAAAGUCACGUUCUGGAGGUUUCCUUUUGGGGUGGGAGGAUUUAACUUCUGCUCAAGGCAGAGAAACAGUGGCCAGGGGCAGGGGUUUCCAGAUGUCAAGCUGCAUGUUUUCCCUAACACGAGAAAAGCAGCCAAGAGUCACCAUUGGAAAGAAAGAACAAUGCCACUGUCUUUUAUCCACCUUGGCUCUGCAAACUCAUUUGUUAGAGGCAGGGUUAAUUGAGUGUCAGGUGGGAGAGUCCUGCUCUUAAUAUUUUAUGAUUCACUGGCUGAAGUUCCACGGAGUCCUUGGAAAUGGCUCUCCUAAUGUAAAAGAUCUUGAGCGUAAUAAAUAUGAGAUGAAAAAGAAAAAAAAAAAAAAAAAACACAAGCUUUGGACCUGGAUGUCAUAGGUUCAUUAUCUCCCUAGGGGGAGCAUGUGAGAGGCAUGGGAAGACUUCCAAGCUGCCAAGACCUGGGGUUGGAAAUAGGAAAUGUAAAGUGAGUCCUGGAAUCUUAGUAUGUUUGCUCUGGGCCAAACAGAGCCGCCUUUGGUGUAUUUAACAUCCCCUUAAGUUGCAGUCUGCCAAUAAAUAUGAUGUGUUGAUAAAAGUUA